CGUCGGGCUGCUGUAGUUUGCCAAUGGCGAACGUGAUGCGUGUUACGUACGGAUUAUUUUUAUUUUCUGAGUAAUCUUUCUAUGGUAGCAAUACCAUAUGUCUUAAGGCUACAUAAGUGCUGUACUAAAACUUUGAUAUUGUUUCGUGACGGUGCUUGUGUUCUUUAUAAUGCUGCUGCUGCAAAGUAAAGCUGCUUGUAUUAGACAAACAUGCACCAAAGCCAAAGGAAAGACUGAAUGAAAGUGUUGUCUUAGUCCUCGAAGCUCUGAGCUCACAGUGAUGAUCUCUCAGAUCAGCCCGAGUCUGUACCUGAGUGGAGUGGAGGCCGUGAAUCAGUCAGCGCUGGAGCACAGAGGCAUCACUUUGCUGGUGAACGCCUGCGCUGAAUACCCCUGUCCCGAGUAUCAGGGGGUGAAGUGCGUUUGGGUGCCGGUGGAGGACCGUCCCCACGCCCCUCUGGAGCAGCACUUUGACAGGGUUUCUGAGCAGAUCCAGCAGAACCGCUCUGGAAGCUCUCUGGUGUUCUGCUCAGCCGGGAGAAGCAGGUCUCCGUCUCUUAUCAUGGCGUAUCUCAUGCGCUUUGAGGGUCUCUCGCUGCUUCAGGCUCAUCAGCGGGUUCUGGCAGCACGGCCCUUCAUUCGACCAAACGCAGGCUUCUGGAGACAACUGCUUCAGUAUGAGAGGAAACUGACCCACAGCAACAGUAUCAGGAUGGUGUCAACCUCACAGGGCGUCCUACCGGAGGCCAUCCAGCUCACACAGGACUCCUCAUACUGCCUGGAUGUUUAAUUCUGGACACCCUGAACUGGACAUAUUUUUAUAGUGUGUGUGUGUAAAACAAAUAGCUCUGUAGUAUUUAAUUGUAAGUAAAACAUAUAUUUCAGUAUAAUACAAUGAUAACUGAGUCUGUUGUAACUUUUUUGAUGUAUAGAUUUUAACACAUAAAAUGCAAGGAUAAUCAAGUAAAUCUACAUUGCGUCAGCCCAUUAAAAGUUCAUCUUGAAAUAUUUAUUUAACAAUAUAACAUUUAUUAUUAUGUUUAAGCUAAUGAAAAUCAUUAAAGAUUUCACAUCCCAAAGACGUGAACCACAACCAGAAUUAUUUUAAAUGUAAGACUAAAACUAUAAUAAGAGGGCUCAGAUUAAAUGUAUGAACUUUCAGUCAGAGGGCAGAAGGCAUGUAGAUGAUUGUGUCCAACAAACUUUUUUUCAACAAAGAUUAAGAUUAUUCUGAUCAUUUAGAAGCCUUAGAAAUUCAUGUAUCAGGUGAGAUUUUCUGGGAUAUCGUUGUUGGUUAGUGUAACAUAUAUAUGUUUCAGAUCAUUGUAGUUCAAGCACCUCCUGUAGGCAGGUGUAUCUGUACAGUUUUGUUUUGUGACUGUAUAUGACUUUGGUUUAUUUGAUUGCUAUAAAGUGCAUGUCAAA